CAUACAUACAUGCGUUUAGCCCCGUGUAUCCACAAUGUUCUUGUUACUGUUCUUCAUCAGCAUCAUGAGUGCAUUUAGUCCUUGUUCAGGACAGAAUGGUCUUCUGCGUGCUUACUCUCCUGGGGACAUCAUCAUCGGAGGACUUAUCCCUAUUCACAGGCAAACUGACAGGAGCACAACACAUGGACCACUCUCCUGUAAUGAGUUUGAUUUGCAAAUGUUCCUUCAAACUCAAGUGAUGAUUUACGCCAUCAGAGAAAUAAACCAGCGUACACCUAGGCUCCUACACAACUUCACCAUAGGAUAUGACAUCUAUGACACUUGUGGAGAUGUCAGCCUUGCCAUCCUAGCAACACUCCAGCUGCUGAAGAACCAGUCAGACCCUCAGAGGUGUUUAGUACCUGCAAACUUUCAAGCUGCUUUAUCUGAACCCCAAACAAAGGCAGUGAUCGGUGAACGGUAUUCUGAAGUAUCAAUAGCUGUUGCACGAGUUGUUGCUCUGUCAUCAGUUGCCCAGAUUAGUUAUGGAUCAACUAGUGAGCUGCUCAGCAGGAAGUUGAAGUUCCCCACUUUUCUGAGAACAAUAUCUAGUGACAAACAUCAGACACUGGCCAUUGCUCAGCUGGUGAUGCAGUUUAACUGGAAAAGUGUGGCCAUUAUAGGAAGUGAUGAUGAGUAUGGGAAGUACGGCAGUGAUAACCUCAUGAACAUCUUCACUGAAAUGAAUGACCUCUGCAUUGAAUUUAUUGACAUCCUGCCUGGUUACUUUCCCAAGAACAAUUCCCAAACCCACGUGAGGCUGGCUGAGCUGGUGACUGCUAUCAACGAAUCCUCUGCCGAGGCCAUCAUUGUGUUCACCAAAACCAUCAAUGUCGAAAUCAUCAUGGAAGCAGCUAUUGAACACAACCUCAACAGAACUUGGAUUGCAAGUGAUUCGUGGUCCACCUCCACAGCAAUCUCUGCGCUGCCGGGCAUUGAGAGGGCCGGGGAGGUUUACGGAUUCAUCUCGAAGAGGAAUGAGGUGCCUAAUUUUAAAGACUACGUCCUGUCAGUGUUCAACGGGACCACCAACGCCAUUCUCGAACACUACCUGAGUCUUUAUCCACUUUGUUCUAAUCAGUCUGACAAGAACAGAGAAAGCAAUUGCUCACAAGCGAGCAGGCAAGAGGGGUCCAAGCAAUGUCUGGACAUAAGCUGCUUGGCCACUUACAUUGACCAGGAUGAAUCAUACAACAUCUACUUGGCUGUUCAAGUCAUUGCUGAGGGUCUCAGACACUUGCUGAAGUGUGACAACCACCAGUGUCAACACAGCGGCAAAUUUAGAGCCUCAGAGCUUCUCGUGGAAAUCAAGAAAAUUAACUUCACUGUGAACUCCACACAAAUAUUCUUUGACUCCAAUGGAGACCCCAGUUUAGGAUAUGAUAUUGUGUAUUGGAACACGUCUGAAUCCAAACAGCGCACACACAUAAACACCAUUGGAGAGUACUGGCCGGAGGGAAAAAUCCAAAUCCCGGAUGAUCUUAGAAAUAAGUGCAGUGUGGCGGUGACUGUUUACAACUGCUCUAAAACAUGUAAACCAGGACAGGAGUUGAAAAAGCAAAGCAAACUGUGCUGCAGUGAUUGUGUUCCAUGUGCAGACGGAGAGUUUUCUGCUGAAAACGGUGAAAAGUGUCAGCGCUGCAGUGAAGAGAUGUAUUCCUCUCUGCAGAGGGAUAAGUGUUUGAACAAAACGGUUGAAUUCCUACGCUGGUCGGAUCCCUUUGUUAUCAUUUUGAGUUGCUUGAAAGUCCUUGGGGUAAUUGUCACCAUUGUGUUCGCUGUUUUGUUUGCAAUGUAUCGUAGCACUCCCAUCGUGAAGGCUGUUGGAGGUUACUUGUGUUUCCUGGAGCUUUUUUCCUUGCUGGUCUGCUUCUGCCUCACGUUUAGCUUCACAGGAUUACCCACCAAAGCUUCCUGCAUGGCAGGCCUGCCCGUCUUCGGCAUGGCUUUCUCCCUCUGCAUCUCCUGCAUUCUGGCCAACCUGCUCCAAAUCUUAGUGGGCUUCAACUUUGACACUAAGUUAGGAUCCUGGGUAAAGAAGCUAAAUCAGCCGGUGGCUGUGGUGAUCAUCGUCUCUGGGAUCCAGAUUGCCUUGUGUGUGCCAUGGCUGUACUUUUACCCUCCAUUACCUGAUACAAAGGUACUUAGCAUGACCAUCCUGCAUCAGUGUGAAAAAGGCUCCGCCAAGUUCUUUGUAGCCAUGUUAGCCUACAAUGCUUUCUUGGCCCUUAGUUGUUUCCUGUUUGCAUACAAAGGCAAACAGUUGCCAGAUUUGUAUAAAAACGCAAGUUUAGUCACCACCAGUAUGAUGCUGUUUUUAAUAAUUUGGAUCCUCUUCAUCCCUAUUUAUAUCAACUUGGUUGGCAUGUACAAACGAGCUAUCGAAAGUGCAGCCAUUAUCAUUUCUAGCUACAGCAUCCUCGGAGGUCACUUGGCCCCAAAGUGUUACAUUAUGGUGUUCAGGAAGGAGAUUAAUAAUGAGCACGCCAUUACCGAGUACAUCAGGAGGCAUUAUGAGCUGAACAACAUGACUGUGGUGAAAUCAUAAUCUCACAUGCACAUCCAUACGUUUUUGUUGUUGUUGUUGUUUUCUUUUGUUUUUUUGUUUUUGUUUUUGUUUUUUGUAGGGAACAAAAAACAACUGGAAACCAGCACAUAAAACAGCAAAUUGACGUUUUUACACUUGACAAAUGUCAAAUACAGUAGCAUGUUGAGCUCUAGUCAGGCUGGUCAGCAGAUUUUGAUACCUCUGUACAGAGCCAGGCUAGCUGUGUCCAGUGUGCUAAGCUAAGCUAACUGGCUGUAGCCUUUACAGUAAUGUUAUAAGGUACAGAUCGGAGAAUGCUGUCAGUCUUCUGAAUAAGUAGAUAUCCCAGACUGAAUAUCAUCACACACUGUAUGUGUGUGUAUGUUAUUUCCAUUAUAGGCUAGUUUUUGCUUUGUUUGUUAGCUUUACCGCUGUUACUGCCAUUGCUUGUGUAUCAAUUUAUUUUCUUUUCAUACUGUCUGUCAGAAAUUAGUCAGCUGAUUAAUUGACACAUGAAAACAGAUUGUUUUGCUCUUUUUGCUGCUGUGAACUUUAUCACUUUUGUAUUGUGAUUGUUUUGUUAUAUUUAGAGUGUUUGUAAAGAGACAGAUGAGAGAUGUUUCACUGUAAAGGCCUGUAUUCUGUGAGAAAAUGAGCUUUCAUUUUCUUUGUGAAAACUGUCGCACUGCACCUCAUGUGUUUGUCCAUUACAGGCAGAUACAUUUCUACGGCUCAAACUUUUCACUGAACAUUACCAGACAGAUAUAACAGCUACAUAAUAAAACAUAAUAACCCACAUUCCAAAAUGGCAGGUGGAUCUAAGUCUUCGUGUGUAAUAUUGCAGUAUUAGCCUACAACAUAUUUGUUGACUAAAUAAACUCUGAACUGUAAAGAAGUAGUAGAAAGAAAUCUAAAAUGAUAAAAAGCUGUACAUUUGUACACAAAUCAUUUCAAUAUUUCAA